AUGGCGUCCUCAGAUAAUAGGAGAAAAGACUCGGCCAGCUCCCGCCACCGCUCGCACAGAGGUUGUUGGACUUGCAAAAAGAAACGCAUUCAGUGCGACGAGGCUCGACCCGGUUGUCAAAAAUGCAUUACACGAGGACUCACAUGCGAAGGUUAUGAAAUUCGACUUCGUUGGGGUGCCGGCAUCGCUUCUCGAGGUCGGUACAAUGGGGCAGAGAAGCCCGUCAAGGAGUUCAUUCCACCCCCUUCGAAACGGCGAUGGGAUCUUCGCGGCAAGGGGGAGAAAGAAGAGGAAGGUGACCGCCGAGGCCAGCCUCAUCUUCUACUCGAAGCUAGCUUCAGUCCAGAACAACUUGAACCCAUAACUCAACCUGUCAGCCCACGUGCGACAGUAAACAUAUUAAAUGAGCCUUAUGGACAAGACCUCAAAGACUACAUGGACAUCACUAAACACUUUGAGCUACCGGCUUCGACAAGAGAGAGGAUUGAACGAGAUAAUGCGGCUGCCUUUGCUGGAGAUCAACGGCUAGUUGCAAAUCAAUAUCCCGACACUGCUUCA